CCAGGGAUCCGCUCUCUCCGGCACCGCGCCUGCGCAGGCGGCCACCCCGCGGCCCAGCCUCGGCCUUCAGCGCGUGCGCGAAGGCGGCACUCCCGUGAGGCCGUGCGAGGCGCGGCGGCGGCGGGCUGUUGAGGGGCACGAACCGAGCUUCCUGAGGAGAAAUCAUAGAUUCUAAAAAUAUUUUCCCCCUUUCUCUAUGGACUUAACAUAAGAUUAGUUUCGUUUUUAUUUGGAUUUGUUUUCUAAAUACCGACAGCAUAAAGCCUUAUCAGUUACAAACAAAUUGGGUAGUUAAACCAUGAGUUGUGGGAAAGAGUUUCUGGAAACAUUAAAAAAAAUUGCUUAUCCCAAAGCUGAUAUUCUUAAUGGGGAAGAUUUUGACUGGUUGUUUGAGACUGUUGAAAAUGAAUCAUUUUUGAAGUGGUUUUGUGGGAAUGUGAAUGAACAGAACGUAUUGUCUGAAGAGGAAUUGGAAGCUUUUAGCAUUCUUCAAAAAUCAGGCAAGCCCAUCCUAGAAGGAGCAGCAUUGGAUGAAGUUCUUAAAACCUGUAAAACUUCUGAUUUGAAGACACCUACUCUUAAUGACAAAGAGCUAGAGAAACUAGAGGAUGAGGUCCAAACUCUGCAGAAAUUGAAGAACCUAAAAAUUCAGCGACGUAAUAAAUGCCAGUUGAUGGCUUCAGUAACUAGCCACAAGUCUGUGAGGUUGAGUGCUAAAGAAGAAGAAGCCACUAAAACACUGAAGCAGAGUCAAGGAAUCCUAAAUGCUACCAAUGCUAAGAUCAGUAAUGAACUUCAGACACUUACUGAUGAAGUUGCAAAAUUGAUGAUGUUCUUCAGACAUUAUCAUUUGGGUCAGGGGACAAAUCCACUGGUGUUUUUAUCUCAGUUUUCCUUGGAAAAAUACCUAAGCCAAGAAGAGCAAAGCACAGCAGCAUUAACCUUAUAUACCAAAAAAAAGUUCUUUCAGGGUAUACAUGAAGUAGUUGAAAGUUCAAAUGAAGAAAAUUUUCAACUUUUAGAUAUACAAGCAUCGUCUAUUUGUGAUAAUCAAGAAGUUCUUGAGGAGAGACGACUGGAGAUGGCCAGGCUGCAGCUAGCAUACAUUUGUGCUCAGCAUCAGUUAAUUCACUUGAAAGCAAGUAAUUUGAGCAUGAAGUCAAGUAUAAAAUGGGCAGAGGAGAAUCUUCAUAGUCUCACUAGCAAGGCUGUUGGCAAAGAUAAUUUGGAUGCUAAAAUUUCUGGCUUGAACAGUGAGAUUCUGAAACUUGAAGAACAGAUCACUCAUAUAAAAGACAAAAGUUUACCCGCUGUGGUGAAAGAGAAUGCCCAGUUACUGAAUAUGCCAGUUGUAAAGGGAGAUUUUGACCUGCAGAUUGCUAAACAAGACUAUUAUACAGCAAGACAAGAGUUAGUUUUAAAUCAGUUGAUAAAGCAAAAGGCAUCAUUUGAACUUCUACAGUUAUCGUAUGAAAUUGAAUUGAGAAAGCACUGGGACAUAUAUCGUCAACUUGAAAACUUGGUUCAAGAACUUAGUCACAGUAAUAUGAUGCUCCACCAGCGAUUAGAAAUGCUAGCAGACCCAUCAGUAUCUCCCAAGAUAAAUCCAAGGAAUACCAUUGAUACCAGGGAUUAUUCUACUCACAGGCUUUAUCAACUUUUAGAAGGAGAGAAUAAGAAAAAAGAAUUGUUUAUAACCCACGGAAGCCUGGAGGAAGUGGCCGAGAAAUUAAAACAGGAUGUUUCUUUGGUACAAGAGCAGUUGGCAGUAUCUGCUCAAGAACAUUCUUUCUUUCUGUCCAAACUAAAUAAUGAUGUAGACAUGCUCUGUGAUGCUUUGUAUCAAGGAAGAAAUCAGCUUUUGCUUAGUGAUCAGGAGUUAAUGGAGCAGUUUCAUCAAGUUGAAUCUCAACUAAAUAAGCUAAAUCAUCUUCUUACUGAUAUUCUUGCUGACGUGAAGACAAAAAGAAAAAUUUUGGCAUCUAAUAAACUGCAUCAAAUGGAAAGAGAAUUAUAUGUGUAUUUUUUAAAAGAUGAAGAUUAUCUGAAAGAUACUGUGGAGAAUUUAGAAAACCAAUCAAAGAUUAAGACCAUUGGUCUUGAAGAUUGAAAAUUACUAAAAAUGGAAUCUUUACUGUAUAUGCUGUAUUUCAAUGUUUUAUAUUAUUAAAAGGAGAGUAUAGCCAGUAAACACUAUGAAAAUUUUGACUUCAAAGUCAAUAGAGCAUUUCACUGAAUUAAUUCAAGUAUUAUAUCAAUUUGGUUUUUUUCUUACGUUUGUUCAGAGUACCAGAGUUUUUUAUGACGUGAACGUUUGCUUGGUGUCACUUAGUCCUGGUAACUUAUAACUUACAGGGGAAAAGCAUUAUGUCAAUGCAGAUAUUUUUAAUAGAGCUAAUUACAUCUCUACUUUUUUUAAGAGAGAGAAAUUUUCUGCUCUUAAAUAUUUAAAAAUUUUAUAGUCAGCAUUGUUAAAACUGUGUACUUAAUAAAUGAAAUAGUUGAAUCCCCUCAUAUUUGUCUAUAAAGUAAAAUUCUGCCACUCAAGCUGUCUUCCCUGGCAAUUCCCUGCUGUAGACUUUGAGACUGUUUUGGUGUUCACGCUUAUACCACAGAGAACAUCAGGUCUCCAUUGGCCAUUGCUCAUCUUAGAGGUUGGGUCCUGGGGACUCAACAUUUCUGCAGUGCUUUGACUUCAGUGUAGAAGUGGUUGCUCAGAUGAUGUAUAAUGCUGUUUCAAUUAGUUUCUUAGGAGUGAAAAUACUUAAAUGCUGGACUGUAUUAGUUGGGCUAGAAGUGUAGUAUUUGGACAAUUAGAAAUUAUUUUAAGAGUUAGUGUAAAAUAAUUUGAAGUAGCUUAUUUAUCAAUUAUUACAUCAAGUACUUCUUGAGUGCUUGAUUUAUAUGUGGCCUGUGUUACAUACUAAGUAAACUUUGUGGAGAAUAGAGAAGAUACAGAUAAUACUUUCAAGAUUAUUCCUGAUCCAAGAAUGUAUUGCCUGUUUUUAAUGUGGACUGCCAGUCUAAAAACUGCAUUUUAGGUGGUCUUAAUGGAAUUCUUUAGCUGUAACCAUCAGAAAAUGGGCGUGCUUAGAUGACAUAUAUGGGCUUUGACAAUUUUUGUAAUUCUUUGAACAAAUAUGUUUUGUCUUACUGUGUUUGUGCAUUAAAGUUUUGUAUUUAUUAAGUAGAUCUCAAUAUGCUUGAAAAAUUUGUAGUAAUAAAUUUUGCUUAAGACUUCACUGUUAGCUCCUCACAGGUGACCGUUUUUUUUGUUCUUUUUUUUCCUUCUGCCCUACCUUGGAAUCGAGAAUUUACUGAAAAUUUUUCUUCUUUCCAAUAGUGUAGGAAAAUGUCACCUGGUUUUCUGGUUCAUGAAACAGGAAAUUGUGUUUAGAUUACUGCCAGAUGUGUUAGAUGCAUGACCAGCUAUUCGAUGAUUUGUGCUGUCCUUCCAGACCUUCACCCACUCAGCACAGGGGGCCAGUACAGCUGAGCAGUGGAAGGGAAAGGAUGUCAGGUUGUGUAUCUGCCAUAAUUACCCAUGUCAGUUAAAAAUAGUUUUUGUUACUAGAUUUGUAUGUUUGAAGAUUGUAACAGCUGUUCAUUUCAAGUCUCAGGAAGUAGGAAAUAUUUGAGGAGAUUGCUUCAGAAUUGGUCACCUGGAUGGCAGGCUCUUGACUUUGUCACCUGUUUGCCAUAAUACCCAAUUGAGCCUCUGCGUGUUUUGCUCUCUUCUUACUAUCCUAUCUGUAUUAUGGGGACAAUUGAUACCUAUUUCCUGUAGUGGUGAAUAUAGCAAUUUUUAUGAACGUCUCUACAUAGGAAUUUUCACAUAAUUUGUUUCUUAUUUUGAAAUUUCAAAAUUAAUAUAUGGAUGUUAUGUUUAUUUAUGUUUAGGAUUUUAUGAAAAUGGAAAAUUAUGAGGCAUUUGUAGGCUUUGAUCUCUGUGAGAUACCACUUUCCAGUGUUGCUCAGAAGAUUAUGACUGCUAUGCAUUCAGGUGAUUUAGUGGCGUCUCAGAACUGGAGAGAAAGUGAAAAGA